GACCCGAGAGUGGAACUUUGCCUGAACGACAGGCUUGUGCUUUACAAGCCUCCAGGAUGGGAGGUCCAUGAUGGCUUUGUGCCUAAUCAGUUGCGCCGAUUCCUUCAGGAGCAGGUCGGUCCGCUGCCGCUAGCAUAUGAUCAGACCCACAGCUUUGGCUUUCUCCACCGUCUGGAUGUGCCCAGUAGUGGUCUCGUGUUGGCGGCGAAGACAUACGAGGCAUUCUACGAGAUGCAGGUGCAGCUAGCAGCCGGACUGAUUCGACGCAAGUACCUAGCGAUGGCUCACGGCUGGAUGCCGUGUAGCAGGGAGGUUUUGGCUUCCGUGUCGUGGGGAGGUGGCCAUCCGACUCGAUCAGGCGCCAGCGGUAAGGCGAGCAAGACGUGGUUUCAUGUCCUCGCCCGGAAUGCGGCCGCGACGCAUGCGUUGAGCCUUCUUUCGGUGCAGAUCUUCACAGGUCGGCGCCACCAGAUCCGAAGCCACCUGGCGCACAUCGGGCAUCCACUAGCCCGAGAUGAGCUUUAUGCAUCAAUGGCUACGCUGAGUGCAGAUCUACGGCUCCGCACACGAACGUGCUUGCACCGCUUCAGCUUGUCCUUCAAGGGUUCCACUGGCGAUAACCACGAUGUCGUGGCGCAGUGCCCUGCGGACUUGCUCAAUUUUUUGUUGGGGAUUUUCGAUGCACGGGACUUUCCGACUGAGCUGCAGCAUCUUGUCCGUCGGCAGGGGUAA